AUGGUUUCAAAAAACACCUUUGAGGGUGAGGUGCGGCCGCGUCGCGUUCGGCGGCCGCGGAAUAUGGCGUUGUUGGACUGCGACGUUAUAGUCCCUGAUGACCCCGAUGACAGUCCGUUUGAUGAGGCAGGCGUCCCUACAGGGGGCGUCGUGCUGGAUUUUAUCGGCGCGGUCAAGGCACAGCACGCCAAACGUCGGCGGCUGAACGAAAAGAGGAAAUCGAGAGGAAGUGCCUGGACUUGA